AUUUGUCAUUUGAAAAAUUUGCGGGAGCUUGAUCUGAGUCGGAACAAAUUUAUAGGUCUACUACCUAAGUGUUUUGGCAACUUAACCCUAAUUGAAGUUCUUGAUAUCUCUUCAAACCAAUUCAAUGGGACGAUUCCAUCUCUUAUCAGCAAUCUUAUCUCUCUCAAGUACUUAUCUCUCUCGGGUAAUGAGUUUGAGGGUUUCUUCUCUUUCAAAUUAAUUGCCAACCUCUCGAAGCUCAAGGUGUUCAAACUUUCAUCAAGAUCUAGUUUGCUGCAUAUAGAAACAGAAAUCUUUGGACAACCGAGCUUUCAUUUGAGUGUUAUUGACUUGCAAUAUUGCAACUUCAGCAUGGUUCCUAGCUUUCUUUGGAGCCAGAAAGAUUUGUGUCUUAUUAAUCUCUCCAACAACAAGUUAACCGGAAUAUCUCCAUCUUGGUUUCUCAAGAACUAUCCAAAACUUCAGGUUUUGCUUUUACGGAAUAACUCUAUCACCAUCUUUCAGCUUCCAAGAUUACUUGUUCAUAGCUUGCACAUCUUAGAUGUAUCAUUCAACAAGUUUGGUGAACGGCUUCCAGAGAAUAUCAGCCAGGUGCUUCCAAAUAUAAGACACUUGAAUCUUUGGAAUAAUGGGCUUCAAGGGAAUUUGCCAUCUUCAUUUGGUGAGAUGAAAAAGCUUUACUUUUUGGACCUAUCUCAUAACAACUUAUCUGGCACUCUACCAAAGAAUUUUCGCACUGGUUGUCAUUCACUGAGUAUUUUGAAGCUUUCAUACAACAAAUUUACUGGUCAAAUUUUCUCAAAGCCAACAAAGAUGCAACUAAUGGUGUUGAUUGCGGAUAACAAUCUAUUUACAGGGAUUGCAGAUGGGUUGAGUUAUUCAAGUGGUUUAAUAUUUCUUGACUUGUCAAAUAACUCUCUACAAGGUGUCAUCCCAAGUUGGUUCGGAGGCUUUCAUUUCUUAUAUCUUUCAGUGUCAAAUAAUCUCCUAAAAGGUACAAUACCAAGCACCCUUUUUAACAUAUCCUUAAAGCUUUUGGACCUCUCUAGAAACAAGUUUUCUGGGAGCUUGCCUACCCACUUUAAUGGACGGGAUAUGGUUCUGUUGUACCUCAACAAUAAUGAGUUUAGUGGGCCGGUUCCAAGUACGUUGCUAGAAAAUGUCAUGCUACUUGAUCUGCGAAAUAACAAAUUAUCCGGGACGAUCCCACAUUUUGUUAGUAACCGGUACGUUCUUUAUCUUUUGUUGAGGGGUAACGCAUUAACGGGUCAUAUUCCUACUAGUCUUUGUGACCUGAAGAGCAUCAAGAUUUUGGAUCUUGCUAACAACAAACUGAAUGGUUCUAUACCUUCAUGUCUCAACAACGUAUCAUUUGGACGGAGUUUAGACUAUGAGAUAGAUCCUAAUCAUAGUGAUUCAUUUGGCAUUGUUAAUGGCGAUAAUGAAUUAGAGUCGUAUUCAAGAUCCUUUGUUUCUAGGUUCUUGGAUUUACCACUUGAGGUUAAUAUAGAUUACUCAGGCUAUUUGGAUUUUAAAGUGGAUUUUUCAUCAAAGAGAAGAUAUGAUUCUUACACUGGAGAAAGUUUUGACUUCAUUUUUGGGUUGGAUUUAUCAAGUAAUGAACUCAGUGGUGAAAUCCCAAGAGAGCUCGGAGAGUUUGAGAGAAUACGUGCUUUGAAUCUGUCCCACAAUUCCUUGACAGGUCAAGUACCCAAGAGCUUCUCCAAUCUAACAGAUAUAGAGAGCAUUGAUCUUUCGUUUAACGCGUUGUGUGGACCAAUACCUCCUGAUCUAACCAAGUUAGACUAUUUAGUUGUAUUCAAUGUGUCAUACAACAACCUUUCAGGCUCUAUUCCAAGUGAAGGCAAAUUUUUAAGCUUGGAUGAAACCAUUUACAUUGGUAAUCCUUUUCUUUGUGGCUCACCUGUAAAUAGAAGUUGUGAUGAUAACAACACUACCAGUUUCGAAGAAAUAGAUUCUCACGAUGGAACAUCAAUUCAUAUGGGGACCUUUUAUUGGAGCCUCACUGCCACAUACAUCGUGACAUGGAUGGGAUUUAUUUUGUUUGUUUGCUUUGACUCACCUUGGGCCGCGCAUGUAUUCCCCUUGAAUAUCAAUAGUCAGAUUGGAUAU